AUGCAUUUGGAACAGCUACCUCUCAAACUUUUGCUUCUUAUUAUCGAAUACUUGGGCUCCAAAGAAGACCUGGACUCCUUUACGAGAGUAUCGAAAUACAUUCGCAACAACACCAACAAUAUCUUGUACAAGAAAAGCGGUGAAUUGGCACUUCUGUGGCCCGGUGAGAAGGGAAUAAUGGAGACCGCCCAGUUUGCGUUAAGAUAUUACAAUUUCGAAGAGGCAGAUGCCAACCGGAAGAGUGAACUGCGCGAAAGAGCUUUUCUAUUGGCUUGUGACGGGGGUCAUAUUGACCUGGUCAAGAUGCUGCUCGAGGAAGGGGUUCUCGCCACGUAUAAAAAUUACGAGGAUAUGAGUGGGCUGUCACUAGCUGCUGGGAAAGGACAUAACGAUAUUGUGGAGAUGUUGGUCGAGGCAGGAGCGGAUCCAAGUUGUGAGGAUAGACAAGACAAAUCGCCUCUAAUCAGCUAUUGA